UCUGGGCCGCGGCCGCGCUCUCUGUGGCCCUGGCGGACCGCGAAGAUGGCGGCGCCCAUGGAGGUGGCGCUGGUGUCGGACGCGGCGGGGCCGCUGUGCAACUGCUCGGUCUGGGAGCUGCACUCGGGCUCGGCCCUGCCCGGGUACCGCGGCGGCAACAGCGGCCCACGCGGGCUGGCGCUGCUGGGCGGCGAGCACCUGCUGGGGGCCCAGCUCGGCAAGAGCUACAUCAACGUCUGGGAGCUCCAGAGGAAGGACCAGCUGCAGCAGAAGAUCAUCUGUCCCGGGCCUGUGACCUGCCUGACGGCCUCUCCCAACGGGCUCUACAUCCUGGCGGGCGUCGCCGAGAGCAUCUACCUGUGGGAGGUGUCCAACGGGAACCUCCUCGCCAUCCUGAACCGACACUACCAGGACCUCACGUGCCUCUGCUUCACCGACGACAGCAGCCACUUCCUCUCAGGGGCCAAGGACUGCCUGGCCCUGGUGUGGAACCUCUACAACGUGUUGCAGGCAGAGCCCUCCCAGAUCCCUGACCCCCGGCACGUCUGGUCCCGGCACAGCCUCCCCAUCACCGACCUGUGCUGCGGCUUCGGAGGGCCCCUGGCACGGGCUGCCACCGCCUCCCUCGACCAGACAGCCAAGCUCUGGGAAAUCUCAUCUGGGGAGCUCCUGCUUUCCGUGCUCUUCGACGUGGGGAUCAUGGCUGUGACUCUGGACCUCUCUGAGUACCACAUGUUCUGUGGGGGCAUGGACGGGUCCAUCUUCCAGGUCGACCUCUGCGCCUGGCCGGUUCAGAGAGACCGGACCUUCCAGACAGAGCGGGAGAACGGGAAGGUCUUUAAAGGGCACAGGAACCAGGUGACGUGUCUGUCAGUCUCCACAGAUGGCAGCCUCCUGCUCUCGGGCUCUCAUGAUGAAACUGUCCGGCUGUGGGACAUCCAGAGCAAGCAGUGCCUGAAGACGAUGAAUCACAAAGGUCCAGUGACAAACGCCUUCAUCGUGCUGGCCCCUGCCAACAUGUUCAACCCCGACGGGAAGCCCAGCGUGCCCCUGCCCAAGUUCAGCAGACACCUGCACGGCACCGAGAGCAGCGACGAGCCGGGCGCUGAGGGGGUGACGCUGCGCCUGGGGCUGCACCAGCAGGAGCCUGGGCAGAGCUACCUGGAGAAGGCAGAGAGGAUGUACUCGCAGAUGUACUCGACGAGGGAAAAGAACCUGGUGGGAGACCAGGAACACCUGACGAUCCAGGUGAGCGAGCUGGAGGAGGAGGUGAGCAACCUCCGGAAAAUCAACAAGGACCUCUUUGACUUCUCCACUCGCAUCAUCACCAAACCAGCCAAGUGAAGAGGCUCCCCCCGCCCUCGCACCCCUCCGCCUCUCCCUGCCCGGCUCCUGGGGAAGAACCGCCCGCCCUCGGGCACCGCCCAGCCGGCUGCGAGCACCGGCUCACCUUCCCCCGACCCGCCGCCUUCGCCUGCUCCGUGACACAGGACUGAGACCGGCGCGGGGAGCGCGAGGGGACAGCACAGGGACAGCACAGGGACAGCACACUCCGAUUCGGGGCCGGGGGGCACUCGGGCGGCCGCUGCAGGAGGAGCGUCGCCGGCUCCUGGGAGGGCUCAGGAUGCAGCUCCUGCUCAUUCCCCGUUUCUUCCCCUGCCCCUUUUUUGUUUCUUUUCGUUACUUGACCCUGCAGUGCAGACAGAAAAGUGUUUUUUCUCUCAA